AUCCCGCUGCAUUGUGGGAGAAGAGACAUUAGCGGAGCCGCGCCAUUUUUUUGUGUGUUCUAAACUGAAAUCAAGAAACUACGUUUGGUGACCGUUUUGAAUCCUUUUCUUUCCUGUUGGUUUAGAAGAUAUCAACGAGUUAUUAAAAUGGGACGAAAGAAGAAGAAGCAAAUGAAGCCCUGGUGCUGGUACUGCAACAGAGAUUUUGAUGAUGAAAAAAUUCUCAUUCAGCACCAAAAAGCCAAACAUUUCAAAUGUCAUAUAUGUCACAAGAAGCUGUACACAGGACCUGGAUUAGCCAUACAUUGCAUGCAGGUGCACAAAGAGACUAUAGACUCAGUUCCAAAUGCAAUACCAGGAAGAACAGACAUAGAACUGGAAAUCUACGGCAUGGAGGGUAUUCCAGAAAAAGACAUGCAGGAUCGGAGAAGAGUACUUGAACAAAAGUCACAAGAGAGCCAAAAGAAGAAGCAGAACCAGGAUGAUUCCGAUGAGGAAGACGACGAUGAUGAAGCUGGACCUUCAUCGUUUCAGCAACCAGCUGCUCAGCCUCAGGCUGCCUACAUGCCCCCAAUGACCCAGGCAGGCAUGCAUCCUGGACCUCAAGCUCAAGGCAUGCCACCCACUGGUUAUGGAGGCAUGCCACCUAUGUUGACUGGUGUCCCACCAAUGAUUCCUGGAAUGCCACCAGUAAUGCCAGGCAUGCCACCUGGCAUGAUGCCAAUGGGAGGGAUGAUGCCUCCUGGUCCAGCAAUGCCUCCGAUGAUUCCUGGCAUGCCACCAGGAAUGCCACCUCAUGUUGCCAGGCCUGGCAUGCCUCAUAUGGCACCUGCAGCCCCUGUCACAGCUCCUGGAAUGUCCAGCAGACCAGCUGUACCCGCCACACAGUCCGCCGCAUCCAAACCUCUUUUCCCCAGCGCUGUGCAGAUGGGGACUGGUGUUGCAAGCCCCAGCGCAGCCCCUGCGAGUGCAGAGACACAGUCUGCCUCCUCUAAACCCCUGUUCCCUAGCUCUGCCCAAGCGCAGCAGACGGUAUCAGGACCGUCAUCAACCACCUCUGAUUCUCCCAAAGUGACAUUCCCAGCCUACACCCAGCCUUCCUCCACUCCCUCUGUUGCUGCCUCCUCCAGCACUGUGGCCAAGCCCCCUGCCACAGUCACAAGUAAGCCAGCCACCCUCACCACCUUGAGUGCUACCAGUAAGUUGAUGCACCCUGAUGAGGAUAUCUCGCUGGAAGAGAGACGGGCUCAGCUGCCUAGGUACCAGAGGCUAAUUCCUCGGCCUGGGCAGACUGCAGCAGCUGCUGCCUCAGCUCCCCCUAGUGGAGCAGUGGGAGGAAUGAUACCUGCACAGCAGGUUAUACCUCCUCAGCAGCCUGGAAUGAGGCAUCCCAUACAUGCUCAGUAUGGUGGUCCUCCACAGGGCAUGCCUGGUUAUAUGGCUGGUGGCAUGCCUCCUUAUGGACAGAGUGCCCCAAUGGUGCCCCCAUACCAAGCUGGCCCACCUGGGCCUCCCAUGGGCAUAAGGCCACCCGUAAUGUCUCCAGGCAGCCGAUACUGAAACGGCGCUGUCGUCCCACUAGGUUUGGAGGUUAAACCUUUUCUCAUCUUGUGCUUUUAAUGUAGCCAAACCAAUGAGCUCUAAACCCACUGCUGAAGAAAAACUGCAUACUGGACAUUUGAGAUAUGUAAUAUCACACAAGAGUUUUGGAUUCAGCCCUUAAAUAAAGACAGAAGAUAACAGCAGUAUCAAUGUUACAGUUGAUACAUGUAUUGCUUUUCUUCCUAUUGUGUUUCAUUCAGGUUGUACAAGUACAGUAUAUUAGACAAAGGUUCAUAAUAUAUUGAAGCCGCUGGCCUAACAGUAUCUCCAUACUCAAGGCAAGUUCCCAGUAAGAUUUCUGCUUUUAUCUUAGUAGUGAAGCCCUCACAGCACCAUACUGUGCUGUUGGACUUUACGUCCCCAACAUCAGCUUGGUGAGGGCUUCCGAUCACUGUUGUCAUGGUGUUUUUUUGUUUUUGUUAUCUUUUAACUGUUUGCAUCCAUCUAUUCAGGGUUUAAAUAGCACAAGGGUAAUUGUCUCUCUGUAUUUUAUUUUUAUUUUUUUGCUAUGUGUAUUGUAAUAAAAUAUACUUAAUUUGAUAUUUCUUUUCUUGAUUUUUGUUUUUGUGUGAGUGUGUUUCCUGAACAGUGGAGUCUUCAGGCAGGUUGGUUUUCUUGAUAAAGCCAUAAUGACGUUACAGAUACCCUUGCUCUGUCAAUAACAAGUUUGUUCUGGUAUGUUCAUAAAGGUAUUUAGUGUUAACACCAUUAAAAGUCAUUUAUAGUAAAGAGUAAAGCUGUAAUCACUCCUUAAUAUUUUUAACUGUUAAAUGACAAAUGCUUGGUAACCUAGUUGCAUGAAUGAGCUUUCCACAAGUUGGGUUUAAAAUGCACCAUACAUUUGUCUGUGACAUGCUUGAUUGAUAUUUCUCAGUUACCAGUAUUAAAUUGGUACAAUGGCUUGGAAGCAUUUCCUGGUCUGCAGGUAAGAGCCACUGUGUGAAUUACGUUGUGAAUUAUCCGAUUUUUAUAUUGCAUGACUUUGUAUUUCACUCAUGGUUUUACUUUUUCCUCAUGUAAAGAAUUGACCAGAAACUGUUUUAGCUUUUAGGGAAAAGCAGGAAAAAUGAAUUCUCAAGAUAAUUAGAGGAGAAGUUGACUUGCGGAACAAAUUUACAGAUAAUUUACUCACCCCCUUGUCAUUCAAGAUGUUCAUGUCUUUCUUCAGUCAUAAAGGAAUUAUUUUUUGAGAAAAACAUUUCAGGAUUUUUCUCCAUGUAGUGGACUUCAGGUGCCUCGAAGUUUGAAUUUCCAAAAUGCAGUUUAAAUGCAGCUUCAGAGGGCUCUAAACGAUCCCAGCCGAGGAAGAAGGGUCUUAUCUAGCGAAACGAUUGAAUUUUUUUUUUUUUUUUUAAAUUAAAAGAAACUAGCCGAUAGUUUCACUAGAUAAGACCCUUCUUCCUCAGCUGGGAUCAUUUAGAGCCCUUUGAAGCUGCAUUUAAACUACAUUUUGGAAGGUCAAACUCACGGGCACCACAGAAGUCCACUAUAUGGAGAGAAAUCCUGGAAUGUUUUCUUCAAAAAACAAAUUCUUUACGACUGAAGACAGACAGACAUGAACAUCUUGGAUGACAAGGGGUGAGUAAAUUACCUGUAAAAUUUUGUUCUGGAAGUGAACUUCUCAUUUAACUGGUGUUUGCCAGAGAGUUACGUGAUUUGGAGUAACAUCUGUGUUCACAUCUUAUUUUUUUUU